UACAGGCGUACGUUGUAUUUUUGUAAUACGGUAAAUGGUGAUUGGUUAACCCAAUAUUAUCCAAUCAAAAUUUAGGACACCCGUUUCGAAUUUGUGUUUUGGUCGGCGGCCCGAUUUUUAGGCUCAAGAAAAAGCAAUGGAAUUGCAAAAUAUGAAGUACAAUGAAAUGCAAAAACUUGCUAAACAAGUUGGCAUUAAGGCUAACAUGAAGUUUGCAAGAUUAAAAACAGCUUUGAUAGAGUAUUACCAACAAGAAAACAAAGAAAACAGCUCAACAACACCAACUUUAAAAGAAGAACAAAUGAUUGAAAAAACAGAAGAGGAAAUAGCAAUAACUGUGCAGACUUCUCCAAAGAAUGAAGAGAAAAUAGAACUAUCAGAAGAAAAGCCUGUCAUCAAAGGAAAGAGAAAAGCAAAGUCAAAAAAGACAUUAAAGAAAAAAGAACAGGAAAGCAAGAAAGAUAAAAGGAUUAUUAAAAAUGAAACAUCAACUUCAAAGUCCAAGAGUUCAGUUAAACCAGAAAUCAGAACACCAGGAACUACCAAAUCAGGAAAAUUAGGAACAUCAAGUCCAUUUACUUCCAAAGUUAAAAGUGCCAAGACCACUCCAGCAAAAGUUCAACCGAAAUUGGGAACACCUCGCCUUCAAACAUCAUUGAACAAAAGUAAAUUGACUCCACAUGCUGUGAGAGCUAAAAGUUUUAUUGGUACACCACAGAGUGGCAGUGCUUCUGCAAAAUCUUCACAAAAGAGAAAGAUGUCAAAGACACCCCAGAUGGAAGAAAGACCAGCUAAAAGAACAAGGACAUCUUUUGAGAAAUCAACAAUUUCUAAUGAGCCCUCACCAAGACCAUCAUCUAGAAGGUCAACCUUCAGUGUUGAAAAAACAAAAAAAGAGAGAGAUAGUGGAUCAGUUAGCCCAAGCACCCAAGAUUUAGUCAGUUCAAUGGAUACAGGAAAAAAUGAUGAGGAGAUGAAGAAAAAUUUGAUGCAAGCUUUGGACAAGAAAAUAAAAGGGAAAACAGAAACAAUAGGUUCAAAAGGAAAAAUUACUAACAGUACACAAAUUCCAAGGUUUGCAGCCUUUUUAGAGAAGAAGAAACAAGAACAAAGUAAACCAAUAACUCCAGGAAACAAAGACUGGACCAAGAUUCAUCAAAAAGAAUUUGAAAAGUUUGACUCCAUAGAUGUGUAUCUCAACAAAAAAAGAAAGCAUAGAGAAGAGACCAAUAUGUCUGUAAAGAAAGCAAGAAUGUUGGUAGAACAAACAAAGGAAGCUAUUAAAAGACUAAAGAACCAUAAAACUCCUGCAAAAGAAAACAAGACAAAACCAAGGACUUCUAAAAGUGCAUUACUACUAAAGUCUCCAGGUUUCAAUUCUACAAAAGUUUUUAAACCUACAGUAUUAUCUACAAAGCAAAUGAAUCUAGAGUUUUCAAAAACAAGAAAAUCUCCAAGGACAAGUGGGACUGGGUUCAAGCCAACUGUAACGUCAACAGACAAGAUGAAUUUGAACUUUAAUAGCAUGGCAACUCCAAGUAACGUUGGUACCAAGACACCAAAGACUGACCCUAGGAAAUCAACUGGAUCCAUGCUUCAAAGAAAAUCCCUUGCAACACCAUUCAAAUUUAAUGCCACAUUAAACUGCACAGUAGAUGGUAACAGAUCAGUAAAGAGGCCAUCCUUUGACCUUAAAGCUAGUCUAUCCAGACCAAUGACAUGGAAAAGUCACAAAGGAAAACUAAAAUCUGUGGCUGAAACUUAUUCCAGCAAUAGUGCUAAAUCAGUCAAGGUGCAGGCAAGUGGUAUUAAAACAUUGAUUAAUAAUGAGAAGAAAGGCGAACUUCUGCUAUGAAUAAAAGAUCAGAUCAGAAAUUCAAUGCACAUAUGGCUAAUAGAAGUGUUGUUUACUAAACAGGACAAUGUCUUCUCGAAUUUCAGUGUUUUUACCAUGGAGUAAUAAUUUUAAAAGUUAAAAGCAGAAAUUAUCCGGACAUACAAUUUUUGCUGAUUUUAUGUUGACUUGUUGAUGUUUUUGUCUUAUUAUAUAGAAAUUUUUACACUGUAAAUAGAUUAAUGUUGAUAUAUACAAUGGCAGCAUGGAAUAACUAAUAAACCUCUAUUUAGAAUAAACUAUUCUAAAGUAUAACAUGAACGUUACUGUUGUAAAACAAUUUUUAUGUUAUGUUUAUAUAAUAACUCUGUUUGACAUCCCAUAUUUACUUGUUAUAGAUGUCAAAACAAUUUUAACAUUUAUUUGGAUCAUUUUUGUAUUUAAAAAAACAAUACCAUCUCAGAAAUUUUGUAACUACAUGUACAUCAUUUUAUCUCUAAGCAGAAGUCAGAGAUAACCCAUCUUAUUGUGUCAGAAAGUUUGUAUGAACAUAAUUUUAUCUCUAAGCAGAAGUCAGAGAUAAGUCACCUGUUUGUGUUAGAUAGCUUGUAUUUUUAUCAUUUUAUAUUUCUCUUUUUUUUAUCUCUUGUUUUACUUUCUUCUUAUCUGCUGUUCCUUUUCACAAAAAAUAAUAUGUUAUUCAUUGUAGAAAUAUGCUUCUAUUGUAAAUAGUCUUAUCUCAUAUUAUAAUUCAUUGUACAGAUACAUUAAUGUCUCAUUUAAACAUCAUUGAUUAUUUUAGGUCUCAUUUCAUUUAUCUAUUUUUUUCUUCAUCAGUAUGAUCUGCAAAUAAGUUAAUUUAUGAUCCAUAUUUAGACUUAAAAUGGAGAAACUAUUAUAAAAUGCAGAAUUACUUGUAUUUAAGCUACAUUUCAGUACAAAGUUAUGGUGGUUUUUUUUAUAAUAUAAGGUUUACUCAUGUCAUCACUUAGUUUGCCUUAACCAAAUGUUAUCAAGCUUAUAAACAAUGCUUAUUUGAUACCACCAACAACAGAUCGAGUACACAUAAUCAAUUGGGUGAAAUAAAAUUUCAGCAUUAUUGAGUUAUGUCCCCUUAUAAAUGGAAAAAAUGCUGAAUCCACUGUUUCUACAUUAAGUUUUCAAAAAAAUGAAAUAAAUAGAUUUGAAUACUGUAUGUGCAUUGACCUGUGCAUAAGUUGGCUAUGUCUCAUGGACAUGUAAUUAUUUUACUUUACAACACAUGAUUACUAUCUUGUGGGAAGGGGAUUGAAUAAAAUAUAAAAUAUACAUAAAUUUUAAAAUGUGUCUAUUUUUAUGUUUAAAAUGCAAAUGAUUGGAAAUUUUGUCUCUAAUGUUGAGUUGUGCAUUUAAGCCAAUUUUAUUAGAACUUAGAUUUUAAGCAAAAUUGUAAGACUAUAUUUAAAACUGGUGCUAUUUUGUAUAUUAUGCUGAACAGUUUUUUCACUAUACAUACUACAGAACUGGGUUUUUGCAAAUGUAUUAUUAAAGUUGUUUACAAAUGUAGAAAAUGAAACAUACAGAAAGCUGUUAUUAUAAUUUGUUUUAACUUA